AUGCUUGGAAAAAUCGGUCUCGAAGACGCCUACGAGCGCGCUGGGUUAAAGGAAAAGCACAAACACGAGGCCAGCCUCUACAUCGCCCCGGAAGACCGUGAUCGCUACAUUCGGCAAGUUCACGACAUUAACAACGAUCGUCUCCAUCUUUCCAACGAGCAUGGAAUCGGAUACACGGUGAUGUCCCUUACAGUUCCUGGAAUCCAGGGGAUCGCCGACAAAUCCGAAGCCGAGAAGAGAGUUACCUCGACAAAUGACUGGGUGACCAACGAGAUAAAAGACAAAGAGACUGUCUCGCCACAGUACGACACGUUCUGGGAAGUCGUCACCGAGCUGUAUGUCCCUGUUUAUCUCCACCCUGCGGCGCCAUCGGAUAUCAUCCUGGAGAAGCUGUAUACGCAACGACACUUCCUCAUUGGCACUCCUCUCUCAUUCGCCAACGGCGUGGAUCCACACAGGCUCCGCUAUAUCUGUGAUGGAGCUUUCGAUCGCUUCUCGAAACUGAAGCUGAUCAUCGGACACCUGGGAGAGCAUAAUCCGUUCGACUUUUGGCGCAUCAAUCACUGGUUCGAGGAUGUCAAGAAGCCGAUCGCAGAAGAUGAGGGCCGAGUGAUGUGCAAGAAGAGCAUUCAUGAUUAUUUCAAGGAGAAUAUCUGGGUCACCACCAGCGGCCAUGUUUCGACUGCGACAUUGAAAUAUGUGGUUAAUGAGAUUGGUGCCGACCGUGUUCUUUUCAGUGUCGACUACUCUUACGAUACUAUUGAAAACGAGUGUGGUUGGCGGGACAAUGUGGCCAAGCCGAUUCAAAAGGCUGUUGGGCGCGUGGAUGCAUACCGUCGAAUGGGUCGGGAUAAUGCGAAGAAACCGUUGAAGUUGAACUCUUUCCACUAUUCUGAGGCACUUGUGAGCUGA